AUGGGUUCAAAACUCUAUAGUCGGACAACUAGGCCGACUACACAUAAACUAGAUAGUCGAUUUCAACCUUUAAUUUCUCGUUUAGUAACGACAGAAACGAAUGCGAGUCGCUUAAGAAAAGAAACUGAUUCAGUGUAUUAUAAAAGAAAUCUCAAAAUAUGCAACGUAUGUCUAAGAGCAUCAAUGUGGGACAUAUGGACAUAUGGUCGUAAUCUUGCAGCUCCCAGUCUAGGACCAUUCUUAAAUCUACCUGUCUUACCUUGA